UCUCUUCUCCACCUAAUGGUCCGAUCGGGAUUUUUUCUGGUUUUGGGUUACUUUCAUGCCAUCUGUUAAGGAUGAGGUCUGGCCACCGAGCAGCUCAUGUGUCACCCCUGCCACCUUCCCACCAGGCACACACACCGCUACAUGUGCUUUUCCCACUUUCAUCUGUCACCCUGCGAGGUUUCCCUUUCUUUUCAUUGUUUUUCACACAACUCUGAGAACAAACUUUCCUUUUAAAGACAGAUUGGGUUUCUUUCAUCACACAAGGGGAGGAGGGAUUGUAGUGUGAAGGUCACUGUCAAAAAAAUCGAAACCAUUGGUUUGUGAAAAACAUUUAUGGGAAAUUUGCUGCUGGGGCGUCCUUCUUAUCCCGGUGUCCUGAUAGAGGAAUGGUGAAUUGUUGGAGGUUUUAUUGACCUUCAUUAGGAUUUUGGUGGCUUUUGAAGAAUGAACAAACGUUGCCAUGGAGGCAGAAAGUGAGGUGGAGUUUCCCAGUGAUGUUAAGUUUGUUCCAUUGUGGAGAAAAGCUAAUUCUCAUGUUCCACACGGAGAGGGACUGUACUACAGCCCCAGACCAAGACCACAGUCUUAUCAGAGCCCCAAUGGAUUGCUUAUUACUGAUUUCCCAGUGGAGGACAAGCAGUCUUUCACAGUGACUCAACCUGCCGAAAGGAUUACAAGUUCUCCAGAAAGCAGGAUACAUCACCAUCACCAAGGAGGAACUUACUUGAACCGUCCUAAUGGCAAAUUACACCCAUCAUCAUCCCUAUCAUGUCUGGAAUAUAAACCAUCAUCCCCAAGGCACAAGCGCUCAUCUCAGGUUUUAAAAGUGGUUUCUAAUAAUUCUAUAACUUUUACGAACGGUGAACACCUUUCUUCUCCAAGCCAAAAAUCAAUGCUUUCAAGGCGGACACCUAGCAAUGUUACACUAACACCUGACCGGGAGAAGAUUGUGUUUGGAUCCGGUGCUGGUUUGGCAUCUAAUGGGAUGGUUUCCAAUAGCAACUGCACUCAAUCUCGGCUAACACAAGACACAGAUAUUUUUAUUUCCAAUUCUUUACCUAGUUCCCCCAAACCUCCUUUAGAAGAAAAACAGGCUCUACAAAGAGUCUCAUCAAACCCAGAAAAGCAGUCCAUCAUUUUGAGUACACAUAGCCCAGUGUCUCUUAAAGUAGGAGAGCGACAAAUCAUUCCCAAAGACUUGGCCUCAGAAAUAAAGGUGACCACCACUAAGAAUAGUGCCCAGAACAAUCAGAAUAUGGAGCCCACCAAAAGGUUGCUUAAGACUCGUAGCAUGGUUGAGACCCGUACAGGUGGCCUGGAGACUACUCCAGAAGAUAGAGAGGUGGAUGCAGAGACGGAAAGCCCUGGCUCGCUGCGUAGAGGGCUUAGGUCUACCUCGUACCGAAGGGCAGUAGUAAGUGGUGUAGAGUUUAAUAGUUCCACAGAUAGGAAAAAGAAUAAUCGAAUGUCUCAACCAAUCCUCAAAGCCGUUGUAGAAGAUAAAGAGCGCUUUUCUAGUCUGGGAAGAAUAAAACGCAAAAUUCUGCGAGGUCAAGGAACAUUCGAUGGGGAAGAGAAUGCCGUCCUGUAUCAAAACUACAAGGAAAAGGCUCUAGAUAUUGACUCAGAUGAGGAAGCCGAUUGCAAGGAGCCAAAGGAAGACCGUAUUGUUGUCUUGUAUAAACCUCUGAGGUCUACAUGGAGCCAGUUGUCAGUGGUCCGAAAGAAUGGGUUGUCACAGAGUGUUGGCCUAGAAGAAAGAAAAAGACAAGAGGCAAUGUUUGAGGUUAUUUCUUCAGAACAUUCUUAUCUACUCAGUUUGGAGAUUUUAAUUCGAAUGUUCAAGAAUUCUAAGCAGCUGAGUGCUACCAUGACCAAGACCGAAAACCACCAUCUAUUUUCCAACAUUACGGAUGUGUGUGAGGCCAGCAAAAAAUUUUUUAAAGAGCUUGAAGGGAGACAUCAAAGAAACAUUCUCAUUGAUGACAUCAGUGACAUUGUUGAGAAACAUGCAAAAUCUACAUUUGAUCCUUAUGUGAAAUAUUGCACUAAUGAAGUCUAUCAACAAAGAACACUCCAGAAAUUAAUAUCUAACAAUGGAUCUUUCAGGGAAGUAUUGAUGAAAAUCGAGGCCCAGGAAGAAUGCAGAAAUCUCCCAAUGAUCUCUUUCCUCAUCCUUCCAAUGCAAAGGGUUACUCGUCUCCCACUCCUCAUGGAUACCAUUUGUCAGAAAACACCAAAAGAUUCUGCUAAGUAUGAAGCCUGUAAAAGAGCUUUGAAAGAAGUUAGCAAGCUGGUACGUCUGUGCAAUGAAGGAGCACGGAAGAUGGAAAGAACAGAAAUGAUGGUGACCAUUAACUCUCAGUUGGAGUUUAAAAUAAAGCCGUUCCCCUUGGUGUCAUCUUCUCGGUGGUUAUUGAAGAGGGGAGAACUUGCCACUUUUGUAGAAGAUACUGGCAUUUUCACCAAGAAGACCACCAAACAGCAGGUCUACUUCUUCCUGUUCAACGAUGUGCUUAUUAUUACGAAGAAGAAAAGUGAUGAGAGCUAUAAUGUGACAGACUAUUCCAUGCUGGACCAGCUCCAUGUAGAGCCGUGUGACAAUGAAGACCUAUCAUCUUCUCCAUUAAAGAACAACGCACCCAUCCAUUACUUGAGGCAGAGCCCAGCACAUCACCUCUUCACACUCACCAUCCGAAGCAAUUAUGCUGGAGAAGAAGUUGAGAUGCUAAUGGGAGCGGAGACCCUGAGUGAUCGGGCACGCUGGAUCACCGCACUGGGACAGAGCACAGAAAAAGCCUGCACGGAUAGAACCGCUUUAACACAAGUGGAGAUUAUCCGGACCUAUACCGCUAAGCAGCCAGAUGAGCUGUCCCUACAAGUGGCUGAUGUCGUCCUCAUUUACCAGAAAGUGAAUGAUGGAUGGUAUGAGGGCGAAAGGCUGAGGGACGGAGAAAGAGGCUGGUUCCCCCUUGAAUGUGCUAAAGAAAUAACAUGCAAAGUUACAAUAGAGAAGAACAUGGAACGGAUGGGACGUUUGCUGGCACUGGAAACUAACGUUUAACCUCCGCUCAUGUUGUUAGCCAUUUCUUUACUGCAGGAUUUGCACUAUAGUAGCAGCACUGUGUGGUGACGGCCUGGGAGUUAUGACUGGCCUAGGACUUCUGCGUGAAAGAAAGUAGAGUCAUGACACGGCCAGGUUGACUGACUUAACCAGAUAAGUGCUGGACUGACUCUGACUGCUUCCUGCUUAUCAGUCCACACGUGUUUAGCCUCCUUUAAUCUCCGGAAUUCUUCAGAGAAAGUUUAUACUUCAGAUGUUGAAAUACGGCAAGGAAAUAACUCUAAAGAACUUCUUCGGUGGAGACCUCCCCGCUUCAUUGGAUUAUUCCACAUCCUACUCACAGGGAGAGGUCACAGUACACACUGCCUCUGCUCCCUGGAUAUAGUGUUGUCAGGCCGAGACCAUGUUAUCUAUGACACUACAGAUACAAGAUGGAAUGGCUGAGAAUGUUCGUUAUGUUGCGAUGGCAGGAUCUCUGGGUGUAGAUAUGAGGCCAUAUUUAUUAUUAAAGAACCAUUGCUUCAGAACAUUUCCAAACUAGAACAUAAGAAAAUAUUCUGCUGUGUUCUUUUUAAAAUAUUAUAGGGGUUGUAUGAAAUAAGAGAAAACAGCACAAUGCUUGUCUAAGAGCUGUGCCUGGUAUUACAGGUUGGCCUCAAUUCAACCAAGACCCUGUAGUAAUAAAUGGCAUCUGUUCUGAGCUAUCAGAAUUACUACAUGAUGGGAGACCCUGCUUUUAGGUGCCAUUGCUUUUAGGUGCCAUUGCUUUUAGGUGCCAUUGCCUUUAGGUGCCAUUGCUAAAUGCAUCUUAAAGGACCAAGAGGGGAAAUGAGACAGUAAAAACCUGGAUCUAAUCUCUUAAUACCACAGUAAGCCUCAUUCACAUCACAUUUUCAGGGUACAUUGCUGGUAUACAUAGGGAUUAGAGAUGAGCGAAUUUACAGUAAAUUUGAUUCGUCACAAACUU